GGUAAAGGAUUCAGGCAGCGAGCUAGGGAAUUUGCGAGUGCGAGUUGGCCUUGACACAACAACAACAACAAAAUCGUCAAACGGAGAAAUCGCCGCCACCGCCGGACUCAUCAGCACUUGCUUAGGCAGACAGCAGCAGCAGCAGCAGUAGCGGCAGUAGUCCCCGAUAAACCCACCCACUCCUCCUCCUCCUCCUCCAAUGCCGGCCGAAGAGCGCUCUCGGCCCAUCCGGCCGUGAGCAAAGUUGCGCAGACUCUUACGGGCUGUCAAGUGUCAAGUUCCAUCUUCGCCCCCCGUCCCCGCCGCCGCCGCCUCCUCCUCCUCCUCUUCUUCUUCGUCUUCGUCAUCCUCCUCCGCUCGGGUAGAGAGGUGUCUCCCUCCUUCCCUCCCUCCUCCUCACCCUCCGCGCUCGCCAUGGCGAGAAGAGCGCGGGGAGACUGCGGCCAGCGCCGCGGUGCGCGUUGGGCGAUGCCGCCGCCGCCGCUGGUGGUGCUGCUGCUGCUGGUGGUGGUGGCGCUGGUGAUGACGAUGGGGGUGGUGGUGGCGGUGGAGGUGGUGGGGGUGCACGCGUGCCCGGAGUCGUGCCGCUGCAGGGACGCGAGCGUGGACUGCGCCGCUGCCGCUGUUGCCGCCGCCGCUGCUGCCGGGGGGCUGCCGCGUUCAGUGACCGAGCUCAUGCAGCAGCUCCCGGUGGAGACAGAGCACGUAGAUUUGAGCAACAAUCAACUGGAGGACAUUGAUGCGGGCGCUAUGAUGAGCCGCCUGCUGAACCUGAAGGAAGUGAAAGUGGCUCACAAUGAACUCACAGAAAUAGCAAGCUUUGGAAAAUCAUCUGAAAACAUCACCGUCUUAUCCUUACAGCACAAUAGGAUCGCACGGAUCCGCUCGGAGCGCCUCGAAGGAUUCCGCUCUCUGGAGACGCUGGACCUGAGCUUCAAUCGCAUCACGGAUAUUGCCGGCUCCUCCUUUCCCAUCGGCCUUCCUCUCGCCAAGCUAUAUCUCAAUAAUAACAGGAUUAAGGUAUUGAGGCCUGCAAGUUUUGACACAUUCGGUGCCACGCUAAAGAUCCUAAAACUAAGCAAUAAUCGGAUCACCGUUCUGACCACUAAACUCUUCCAGCUGCCUUCGCUCCAGCACCUUGACCUGAGCCGAAACAGGCUGCAGAGGGUGGAGGGUUUGGCUUUCUCCGAGCUCGCGUCGCUCGAGUACCUACGCCUGCAGCGCAACAGGAUUUCCUCCCUCAUGGACGGCGCCUUCUGGGGUCUUCACAGGAUACAGAAAAUUCAGUUACAGCACAACAGACUCACGGAGGUGAGCACGGGGUGGCUGUACGGGCUGCAGUCCCUCCGCCACCUGCAUGUGAGCCGCAACGCCAUCACCGCCAUGGACUCGGAGGCGUGGAAGUUCUGCGAAAACCUCUGGGAGCUGGACCUCUCUCACAACGGCCUGACGCGUCUCAACGAGGCCGCGUUCGUCGAGCUGGGCGCCUUGCAGAGCCUCUCGUUGGCUCACAACGCCAUCAGCCACAUCGUGGAGGGAGCCUUCCGCGGGCUGUCUUCCCUCCGUAUCCUGGAUUUGGGAGGCAACCAGAUUUCCUGGACGGUGGAGGACAUGCAAGGGGCAUUCACGGGUCUCAGCGCCUUGAGCAAACUAAGCCUGCAUGGAAACCAGAUAAAGUCGAUUGCUAAAAAGGCCUUUGUCGGACUGGAGAGACUGGGACAGCUAGACCUGAUGGGCAAUGCAAUCGUGUCAAUACAAGCCAACGCCUUCAACACCCUCAAGUUGCUUCAUCAGAUGAAGCUGAACACCAGCGAGCUGCUCUGCGACUGCCAGCUGAAGUGGCUGCCGGGCUGGCUGACGGAGCGCGGCUUCGCGCAGUCGGUGGCCGUCGCCUGCGCCCACCCGGCGUGGCUCAAGGGGAGGAGCGUCCUCUCCGUCCGGCAGGAGAACUUCGUGUGUGACGACUAUCCCAAGCCGCACAUGGUGGUGCACCCGGAGACUCGUGCAGCUGUGCGGGGCUCCAACGUCUCCUUCAUGUGCUCGGCCGCCUCGAGCAGCGAGUCGCCCGUCACCUUCCUGUGGCGCAAGGACAACGCGCCGCUCACAGAGGUGGGCGCGGAGGUGGAACGUUUGGAAAGGGCGCGUCCCGCGGGAGGCGGUCUAGGUGAGUUCACCUCCUACCUGCACCUGCGCACCGUCGACUUCCACCACGAGGGUCGCUACCAGUGCGUCAUCUCCAACUCCUUCGGCUCCUCGUACUCUGGCAAGGCCCGGCUCACCGUGAGCGUGCUCCCGUCGUUCACCAAGACCCCGGCGGACCUGAGCCUGCGCGUGGGCUCCACGGCACGGCUCGAGUGCGCCGCCGGGGGUCACCCCACGCCGCAGAUCUCGUGGCAGAAGGACGGCGGCACGGACUUCCCGGCAGCGCGCGAGCGGCGCAUGCAUGUCAUGCCCACCGACGACGUCUUCUUCAUCGUCGAGCUGAAGGCUGACGACGCGGGGACGUACAGCUGCAUCGCGCGGAACGCCGCCGGCACCAUGUCGGCCAAUGCCAGCCUCUCCGUGCUUGAGACGCCCUGGCUGCUGAGGCCGGUGCAGGACCGCGCAGUGGCCGCGGGGGAGACGGCCGUGCUGCAGUGCAUCGCCGGCGGGAGCCCCCCGCCUCGCCUCAACUGGACCAAGGACGACGGGCCGCUGCUGCUCACCGAGCGGCACUUCUUCGCCGCGAGCUACCAGCUCCUCGUCAUCGUCAACUGCGGCCCCGAGGACACUGGAAGGUACACGUGUGAGCUGUCCAACACGCUGGGCACGAUGCGUGGCCAUGCCUUCCUGAGCGUGCUGCCUCCCGGCGACUGCCCCAUGGCCGCCCCCGACGGCUCGGCGAGCGGCGGCGGCGGCUCGGCGCACGGCACCGGGGGCGUCGACUCCAGCGCCACGGUGGGCGUGGUGGUGAUCGCCGUGGUGUGCUGCGUCGUGGGCACCUCCGUCGUGUGGGUGGCCAUCAUCUACCACACCCGGCGCAAGACCGAGGCCUUCGGCGUCGGCGGCUCGGAUGAGACAUUUGUUUCCCCAGAUGUACCAAGUUAUCUGGCCUCUCAGGGAACACUGUCAGAACACCAUAAGCUCAACGGGCACUCCGAAAUAAACAACACAAACCCACUCAUGUCCAGCUCAACGAACAGGGGCCUGCUCCACCCAACCGCCACAAGAGGUGGUCAGACUGAUUCAGUGCAGCUGUGCUCAGACUGCUUCGACAAUACUACGCCGUACGCCAACGAGAGGCAAGGCCAAGUAUGCGGCGCGGGCGUGGGAGAAGAGGAACAGGAAUCGGAUCUUGAUCAGCCACUUUCAGCCCAACCUUCGAGGACUAUCGCUGGGGUCCUUCCGGUCGCCGUGGCAUCUGUUUCAGAAGCAAGCGGCCUGUGCGCGCGGGACGCCUGCAGCCGCCAGGGCCCAACUGUCGCCGAAGAAGAGCGAGAGAAAAAAGUGAGCCGGUCCACUUCCUGAACUCUGUCACUUUGGCCUCCAGCCCCGAGAGUCCAUCGACUUUCCAGUCAUUUGGGAAGACGUGCUGCACUUCCGAAGAGGGCCAAUCGGAGCAUUUACUCAAUCACUGACACGUCGGACCUUUCCCCGGUGGAGUGGAAGAAAUCUGCGGAAGUACCGACAACCCCUUUCGGCAAAAAUGUGUCAUUUGGUUUCCUUUCCUGGUUCGUUCUCUGAAGUCUGAAUGCGCGAAAAGGGGACAUCUUUCAAAAUGUACUGAGCCAGUGUUUUACACAGGGUUCAGUUAUCACUAUGGUGAUGUUUGGGGAUGAGUAUCAUUGUUUAUUUAAACAAAGUGAUAACCCCAACAUCACUUCAUCUGCAAUUUGUCUCUCGAUUUUCUUGUCCAACUCUUGUGAAAUAGGUUUUAGUUUUGAUUUAAAGCUUUCGUGACUGCAGGGAUUCAUAUUUUUGGUUCUUUUAGUAAACCCACGUAGAAGGAAUGAUGAUUGCUUGUGUUGCAGUCGAAACGUCGUGAGAAUUUUAUCGUUUCAUAUUUUUAUCAUUUUAUUGUUUCUCUUCUACGUGACUUUUACCGAAAGAACCAAGAAUAUAUAUAUAGGUUUUAGUUGUCAAAGAACGUUUUUUUUUAAAUGCUCUGUUUUAAAAGAUCACGCUUACAUUGUGACGCUUCGUUUCACCUACUUCCAAUUUGCUCCGGAAAGAAUGCGCGUGCUUUCGGUGACUCUUUGUGUUCACAGCAAGACACGCAAUGCGUUUCACCAGCAACAAGGCACGCACUUUAAUUGCGAGAUGAUGGCCAGCCGUUCUCUUUGGCCCUCUUUGUUAAGUUAGGAGAACGGUGUUGUUGUGUUCAGGGGGUUAUUACUGCGCGCUUGCUGAUAUCCCGUUACCUGUCGUUUGCAAUGGGAGUGUUACGCAGAAUGGCCCGGGGCAUGUAACGACGUAUCGGUCGCUCGCGAUUUUUUUUUCUUCUGCGUUCGGGAUGAGCGCGUUGAAUUGCGCGCGUGAAGGUUUUGAAAGCUUGGACUGUUUUUGCUAAAUCGUAUUCAAAUGAAUACAUAGGCAAGUGUUACUUUUAACUGAAAAAAAAGGAUACAAAUACGACCAAGACGGGCAAUAUUUUGACGGAAAAAUGAAACAUCUCGAAUUUAAUCGUGACCCUGAAUUGUGACGAGUGAUCGUAUCGCUGAGCGGUAUGAAUUGUUACGUGCCUAAUCAUAAUAAUAAUUUGUUAGAGCCUGCCAACAUCCUUGACAGUUUCUCAUUUAGUACAACAAAAGCAUUGGUACACCAAGAACACGUUUAUUGUUAUUAAAUAGCAAUUGUACAUGCUUUCGUUAGGAACAUACGAUGUUUUAUAGAGGCCUUCUAUAGGAUAGAUAUCCAGGGUAAUUUGAGAUUAUGCAUACAUGGAAAAAUGUGCCCUUUGGAGAUUUAUUUCUCGACAACUGGUUUUCAAGAAAUGCCACGACAUAGAUUACCAUGUUUACAAAUUAAAGGAUGUAAUAUAUAAGUGCUAGACGCAUUUCAUCAGUAUAGGAAGAUGACUUGUGUAUGAAUGUUUGGCGUGUGUGGAAGUGGUGGUGAUGGUGGUGGUCUUUUUCGACUUGUCAUACGACUGUACAGACUGUGGGUGACUGUCUUGGAUUGAUUGUCCAUCCGUUGAUUUUUAUCCGCAGAUAUGAGAGUGAAAUAACAUUUCAGCAAUAAUACGUCAGCGCUGAAUUUCCAUAUAAAUUGCGUGGGCUUUGUUCAGAAUAGCGUUCAGUGUGCGGACACAGGUUCAUCCCAUAAAGUUGAUUCAUCAUCCUCUCGUACAAGUAGGAGCACAUUUGCCUAAAAGUCUGGCAAAAAAAAAAUCAAGCCUUUUUCACGUCUUUAAGCCACUUAAUACGCAUUCGUGCACUCAUUAUACUUAACCACGCGAAGCAAUUUAAUUUUCAGUUAUUUUGGGGCGGGGGGGAUGGAAAGCCUGAUGUGAAAUAUGUCAAAGUGCCAAAUGCUCAUAGAUGCGUUCACCUGACCUGUUGACACCAUUUGGCAAAAGUCACUAUCACUUUCAAACUCGCGUCAUUGCUCGCAAGCGAAUCAAUGGGAAGCAUUUGAGGACACGUUUCCCACAUCAGUGGGUGAAGAAAUAAGAACCCGCCCCCCCCCUCCCCACCCCAAAGUUGAAAUUGAAAAUCAAGUGGGCGGUUGAUAAGACAGAUACAUUAUUUUGUUUGCUCUUGUCUCUGGGGCAUGCCAAGGUUGGGGUUUCUCGCGAUGUGAUGUUGCUUAUAUCGCCGUUUCCCGAACCAGCAGGUCAUGUUGCGGCUUGUACAUUAACAUUAUUGUUUCGUGUACACUUAAUUGAAAGCGCGCAUUUAUGUGAAUUAACGUUGCGAGGGCUUUUUCAAUUGGGAGUUUUGGGAAAAGCGUAUCAUUGUUAUGUCCUGGCAAAGUGGAUCCGUAUAGAUAAGAUCACCCGAGUCUCAAUUACUCUGUCAAUUGCUAAGCGCUGUGCCAAUACCCCAGGUUCUGGAAUUAAUGAACUGUGCACAAGGCCAGUUCAGCUCUUAGCUCGUUUCAAUGGGCUAGCUGUCCCGUGUGUUUUCUGCUCAAGUUUUAAUUGCCGCCUUUUAUUCGGUUCCCAAAGAGGGCUCCCAGCGCGCGAAGCAAAACAUCGGGACAGCCAGCGCAGCACAACCGGCGAACAAAACUCAGCACGGCUGUGAAUGGCCCCUUAACCAACGCACCUCUGACACUGCUCCGUACGCCAAAGAGCAUUGCCCAGCGUGUGGCUCUGACCCUAGGCGCCUAGUAGCGUGGCUCGGCUUCAUUCACAAUCCACGGCUCCAGGCCGGGCGCCUCGGGGCUUCUACAGACCAGGGGAUUAUUUCAUCGAGGAUUUGAUUCUGGAAUGCGGCUCGUAUGCACGGUGGUUCAUUUAGGCCAUUGACUCUAUUGACACCCGGAUUAAACAGCAGUGUGUACAGGGGGCGGUGGGGACGCUAUACAUCACUCGGCUGUGUGUUCUAAGAUUAGCUGGCCCGUGGUGAGUGAGGGAUGGGCAGAACAAAAGAAAAGCCCCUCAAAUUCGUUUUUUUUUUACUAGACAGCCUGUUUAACACGUUGGCUUUCGCGAGCAAUAUUAUUCAUAAAGGUUGUUGGCUUAGAUCGCGUACGUAAAAAUGCGUCGUAACCCUCCACCACCACCCGACACAGCCAAUUAGUUAGGGAUUUGUGGUGUAAACAAACGCGAAGUGACAAUGCCCGCUAAGUGGCAAUGCCACCAGUUGGGCCACAUAAUGUUACGGUCGUGCCCGCUGUUUGCUCGCCGAAAUCCAAAGAGUUCAGUCCUUGGCUUCGCAAGCACCCGUUCAGCCGUUUUUUUUGUCGAUCCACUGCUGGACGAGGGCCUCCCCACGCCGCGCCGCGCGGGUCGUGGGGUGGUUGCUCUACCCCACGCAUCACCAGGCCGGCCAUUGCAAGUUGGUGAAGGCGGGGAGCAUAUAAGUGGGAGCAUAGAAGUAGAGUACAACAAUGUAUUUCACCACCUUGCCUUUUGCUGCCAACCACCUAGCCCCGUAUCCCAUGAUAACCUAAUUGUGGGUUUUGUUACAUUUAAAUUAAUGAUGUAUACGGUAUUCGCAUAAACAGAGAUUCCUGUGAUGUUUAUGUGUAUCAUUCUAUCAGUACGUACUCACAUAUUCUGCAUUAUAGGUCGGUGCAGAAUAGUGGUGGAUUUGGUCGAUUCCAAUGGUGAGAUUAGUUUCAGUUAGAUGUUGAUCCUGCUUGGCCAGGAUUGGGCACAACUUAGCCCACUUUUCACCCAGGCAACUGUAGAGCAGCACAGACGAAGUGUUACUAUAACCCAUCAUUAAAGCUAGAAAUGGCACAUUUACAUAUUAACAUGUAAGAGACAGACACCAUAUAUUACGUAAAAGCUAAGUGUAGAACGCAAAAUCCCAUCAAUGGUUACAAAUGCCGGCAUAGUCCAACGUUGGAAUGCCUCCUUCCAACGCUGUCAGAAUCAUUGUCCUCGAUUAACUAUCAGUGCGUUAUGGAAUCUGCAGCGGUGCCUCGCUGUUGUGAGCCACUUGCACGCGGACACACGCUGCACGGUCGCAACUCACAGGCUCAGUUUAUCAGCGACGUAGUGCACUUUCACGCCGAACUGCAACCGUGUAAAAAAAAACAUGAUAUCAUCUUUGGGCAAUUCUAUACACGUGUGACGUCAUAUACGGUAGAAACGAAUGCAUUUGUCAAUAAAUUAUAAAUGGCAAACGUAUAGAGAUGCCAUUGAUGUGAAUACACAAAAAAAACAACGUCAAUGCUUUGGCAAGUUAAUGAACAGCUUAAUGUGUUUGUUUAUAUCGUAACUGAUGUCACACGGUCAUGGAAUUGCCCCCAAUUAUUGUUUUUUUUGUGUGCAUUAUUAGGAAGCAUCGUCUUUUCCACACAUUUUCUCACUUUUCUCUACUCGACCAAUGCGGUGCCCAUAUAUCUCGACGAAUGUGUUUGCCUCUGUGCCUCUCCGCGCGUGUGUGUGUGUACGCACGCACGCGCACGAGCGUAUGUUGUGAAUGCAGUAUUUUUCACAGGGAGUCCUGGUGCGUGUCUCAUUAAAAAGGGGGAGACUUUGCUGCCAAGACACUCUUGUUUUAAACGAGGCCGGACUAUCUCCUGGCAGAUGCCCUCGCCUUUGAUGGCAAGCGUGACGCUGAAUGCCAAACAUUCAGGGCUAUUGCGUUUCAAUACGGCACGGUGAGGCUGGACCUUGCCUCGUUUAAACAUUCAGAAUCUUUAUUUAGUUGCGCCUUAACCUGCAAAAAAAAUGUAUAGUUUAUUGUUGAUAUACAAUAUGGCAUAGGAGUAGGAAGCCGCUGGUGGCAGGACACAUAAUGGCUAUUGAGCAAAAAAAAACACCCCUAACUCGGAGAUGACGAGUUGCUUCAUUUGCUCCUGCAGUGCCUGCGUUCGUGCAAUGUACCAGCACUGCUGCGAUGCCUGGUUUAAAUCUCUGGAGAGCUCCCACCAGAUAUAAAAUGUGAAUAGCAUGUAGGGGACAAACAGAGAGAGGUACAGCCCUCUAAUUGAUUGCUGAUUCCACCAUUCGCCCCCCCCCCCCAGAGGGUAUUUUGGCCUAAUCUUCCAAGCUGAUCAGACUUCUUGAAAGGGGUAGGAGUAUCCACACUUUAUCCACAUUUAUGCUGCCGAGUGGAUAGAAGGGCAGGGGAAAUUUAAGAACUUUCCCCUAUUUGAACUUACGUGCUGGGAGAUCGAACCAGCAACCUUUGGAUUACCCGUCCAGACUGCUAACCAUGUUGUAAUGAAUUUCGAUUUUAAGCUUUCGUGACUGCAAGGAUUCAUCUUCUUUGGUUCUUUCGGCCUUCAUGAUGAUGAAGGCCGCUUGUGUUGUGGCCGAAACGUCGUGAGAAUGUUAUUGUGUUAUUUUAUUUUAUCAAUUUAUUAUUUUAUUCGAAUUCUACGUGACUUUACCGAAAGAACCAAAGAAGAUGUUGUAAUGAGUUCAUAUUUGAAGCCUGCUCAAAAAUCACGGCAGACCGAACGACGUUUGUUCCUGCACAUUCUCUGCUCUGAUGGCCAAAUUUCAGUGCCUGCGUUGCACGGUGACUUGACCAACGGGCACAGAAUGAACUAUUGUUGCGGGUGAAGAUGAUGCAGUCUUGCUUGUCUACGAUACACCACUGAGGAGGCACGUCACGUGAAGCCGUGACGUGUGUCUUGUGGCUUCAUUCCACGUGACACGUGGUCCUGUUCACAGGUGCUUCUCGAAUGGAAGAGGAAGGGGUGGGGGGGGCACUUAUUCACUCUGUGCCUCUGCGAGAUUGCAUUAUUACACGGCAGUAAUUAAAACAAAUGUCACACUUCUUUUUUUUUACAAGGUACAACAGACAGCAGCCGCGCAGCUUUUUGCGCGCAACUGAGAACGUCACGUGCGCGUCACUCUCACGUGCGCGUCACUCCCACGUGCGCGUCACUCUCACGUGCGCGUCACUCUCACGUGCGCGUCACUCCCACGUGCGCGUCACUCUCACGUGCGCGUCACUCUCACGUGCGCGUCACUCCCACGUGCGCGUCACUCCCACGUGCGCAGGGCCUCUGAAACCACGGCGUCUAUGUCCCGAUCUUACGGAAAUGCGUGUAAGCCAACGGUCGGGAUUGCUGUACGUGACGCGAUUAUUUUUGCGGAUAAGACUUUGGCUUUUAGUUUGGUUCACACACCCCCCCCCCUCAGCCCCCCGCCUCCAACAGAAGCUUGAUAUACUUUGAUUGCGAAUGGAAAUGAGAGAGGGGGGGGGGGGAAAUUACGACAGUAAAGUAGUGAAAAGAAAACUUGUAUUUGUUCAACGUGCUCAUGGAAGGGGGGGCGGGGGGGGGGGGGCUUUAGUGAGCCACACCUUUUUGUGACUUCUUUUAGGUAAGGCCGUCCGGCGCGAAUGGUAAGAUGAGCUGUACUUUAUUUUUUACCGCAGGUCCCCUGGCGUUACGAAGACUUACCUUGGGCUACUUAAUUCUGCCAUUGCCGCGUUCCAGUUUGCAUCAGGCCCAUUAGUGUGCUCGCUGAACCAUGCACCGGGAGGGAGGGAGGGGGGGGGGAUCUGCUUACAGACACCACCUUGAUAACAAAAAAUGUUUGCUUGUGGAAAGAAAAAAAAGCACUCCAGUCGCACACUCAUUUCAACGUUACGCAACAUUUGUGUCUAAAAUGCAUGUCACGGGUGAAUUGGGUGUCCGGUUCUCAGAAGCGAAUUACUCAAAAUCCUAGAGAGAAUCUAUUUUGGCUUGUGGCUUCGGAGUGCCGUUUCUUUGGGAGGGGGAAUGGGUGUCGGGGUGUUGGUUUGUCGUGUACGUUUUUUAUAAUGGGGAAAAAGCCGAUACCAAAUUUAUGUGCACCACAGAAUCAACUCUAUUUUUUUCCCAUAUUCCCGCGUGAGCAAUGAAGCCUCCUUCGCUGCCGCUGCAAUAAAUAUUAGCGGGACACAUUGAGUCAUGCAAAUAUGUCGUUCGGCAAUUCACAAAUAGCAGAACUUUAAAAAAUAGAGCGAUGAUGGCGUGAAGAUACGGUGAAGGUGCAUAGAUGGAUACAUCGCCUCUUUGUACUUCAUGCAGGUGUUGUAAAGUAAUGGAAGGGGUGUAAAUGCAAAGUGUUUCUCGUAAAAAGUAAAAAACACGCAGAAAGCACUUUCCAAAUUGAACGUUGAUUGCAUUGAAAGUGAUGCUUUAAAAGUAAUGGUGGCUGUAAAACCACGUGUAUAUUUGUGAAUUGUGUAUAUAAGAUGUGUGCAAGGUAUUCUUUGGAGAGUAUUAUAUAUAAUAUACAGAAGAGUAUAAGAUAAAAGUGACUGACUACUGCGCUUAAAGACGUUUUUUUGGGAAAUGUUCGAGAGGUAGUGAGCAACCUUUGAGCACCACGGUGGCUAGGAGAUGUUAACUACCUCGCCUGGUAUACAGGAGGUCGUGGGUUCGAUCCCGACGCCUGUUGUAUAUUUGGAGUUUGUGGUGUCUCUCUCACCGUGGUCACGUGGAUUUUUCUCCGGAUCCUCCGGUUUUUCCCUCCACAUUUAGAAUCAAAAUGCCUUCAGAGAAUUUGUCUGCUGUAAAUUUACACGUGAUAAGCCACUUCGUUGAGCUAUCAUUUGUGGCCAGCUCUCUUCUGAAAAGGAGCUAUAUAGUUCAGUGGGCCUUUCCAGGCAAAAUGAAAACAGUUUAUACUCUUUGGUUCUAUUCGGUAAAGUCACGUAAAAAAAAACAACAAGCUUUAAAUCUAGAAAAGAAAACAGUUUAGUUUUGAAAGGAGUAUUAAAUGCGUGCACACAAGACUACAUUUAUUUUUUAACUUCACUCACGUUAACUUUGCUCUGUCAAUGAUGCUCAGUCGCCAGGGUUGUUUCACCAUACUUCGCCAUGCUGGUCAGCGUGCAGAAGGAGGGCCCAUAACUGGUUCAGAUAUCACUCGCCACCGAUGUUAACUGUGACCUGGAAUUAAACGCAGUUUUUUUUAAAGGUUCAUAAGUCAGUGUGCUAACCACUGCACCACCUAUCCUCAGUCCAGAAUAAUAAAUGGAAAUUGUUUACUCGGGAAAGAAGCCCUUUGAGUCUCAAGAUGAGUUUCCAGGAGGGGUCCCCACAUUGGGACGUUUGGCCAAUGGCCAUUCAUUGGUUUAAUUUGUGAGGAAAACAGGAGGAGGCCGUAGAAAAGUCAGAUAUAUUUUUUUGCAAUUGGUAAAAAAAAAACCCGUCGAGUUAUCAUCCUUCGUUCAGCAAGCGUCUGCAUCAGCCGUCCCUUCUUCUGGCCACUAAAACCUUUCGCCUACAAUUCAUGGACUGGUGCUGACGUGAGGAACUCUUUUCUACAGAGUCGUGUUUUUCACGGUGUGUGUAUUCCCAAAGCUAGUCCGUAAUCUAUGAAAACAUUUGGAGCUGGCCCGGUGAGGAAAUUAGAUUUACAGAAAGCAAAACUAAUAAUUGCUAUUGGAAAAUAUAUUUCCUGUUGUUGUUGUUGUUGUUUCUCCCCGUAGCCAACAUUAAUUUACUCAUGCGUGUGUCCGCGCGUGCGUGUGUGAGGUGGUCAAGAUCUUUUGAAGAUGUUUACAACCGAUUUUUCUCAGAAACCAAGCUAUUGACCUACGUUUUCAGCGCAGCAAUCAUUCGUUCACAUUAACCCGUCAAUAUGAACGAGCCUGUUUGGAUUCAUAAGAGCAACGUGGUUGGGGAGACCUCAACAAUAGCUGAACGUCAUAUUUGUAAAAAAAAAACCCCGUUUGUCAUUUUCCUUUUGUCUCAGACUAUCUUGACCAGCUCCCCAUGUACGUUGCAACGGGCAUGACACGUUGUUCUAAGCACUUGGUUCUUUGCAGAUGGUUUUUUUCACCAUCAUCCGUGUUAGCUUGUAAGGCGUAAAUCGGCGGUGCCUUCUUGUAAACAAAUACACCCUGCACAUGCAGAGCGAUCUUUGCUUACGAGCAGUUGUUGUUGUUGUUGUUUUCGUUAGAUCUGACAAUAGUGUUCGUCGGAGGUGUUCGGCUUCUUGACCUAAAAGAGUGCACACAGUUAGAGCAAUCGCUUGCGAUCCAUGCAAGCAGAUACCUUGCGAGCUGUGGUUGUGUGUGUGUGUGUGUGCCUUGGGAGAAGGAGCAAACAGUGUAAAAUAAAUGCGACGCGAGUAUUUCAUAGUUGAAUAUUAUCUUUCGCUUUAUUUAUUAAAUGCAAUUUCUAUAACGGUGUGCUUUUUGUAACGUUAAUUUAAAUAUAACUAUAACAAAUAAAAAAAAAAUUAAACGAA